AUGCAGAAAAAUCAAAUCGUAGCAAUGCUUCUCUGUUUUGUUUUCCUCCUCAUGUUUGUAAUGAUUUUCGUCACUAUGCGACUUGUCAAUAUUUUUGCGCAUAAAAUUUCGAAUGCGAAAUCAGCUCUUAGCGCAGACCGAGCACUCGACGGUGACGAUGGCGUAACAGAUGUUACCGGACCUGCCACUACGAUCGUCUGAAGCACUUUGGCAAGGCUCAGAUUGAUAUUACGCGAUUGCACGAAAGAAAGACCAUUGGAGGAAAGAAUGUUGGGCCGUUUACAGAGGCAUCUGAUCGCCAAGCAAUUGUAUGGUAAAUCUGGAGUGGAUAUUCGUGUACAUAGUGAAGGAAAUCGAUAACCUGUGGUAGUUACUACCAUCUCUUAUAAACUAUCUCGAUUCUUUCUGCCACUUAGUCAUACAAGCUCGUUGCCAGGACUCCCAAACGGCUUAUUCUUGUUUCCAUCUAUUCGAAAUCCAAUUUUGACUCAAGCAAUAACACCCGCAAUGUGCUAAGCUCUUUUCUGCUCGUUCUUGU